GGCCCUCCUCCCGUCUCUCCGCCUACUCCAGCCUCCGCUGCCUCAGCAUCCCGAGCGAGCCUUGCGGCCGCCGGAGCAGCUCCCGCGGCGGAGCAGGAGCCGGAUGGUCAGAGGAGCCCGGCAGUCCCAGCAGCCGCGGAGUCGCCUGGCCCCCAGACUGACUGGCACAGUGGAGAAACUACCUCGAAAACGGAAAAGCAGGACUGAAUUUGCUCUUAAAGAAACCAUGUCCUCUGGAGGUGCUGAAGAUGACAUCCCCCAGGGAGAGAGGAAGACAGUCACAGAUUUCUGUUAUCUUUUGGAUAAAUCCAAGCAACUGUUCAAUGGGUUAAGAGAUUUGCCUCAAUAUGGUCAGAAGCAGUGGCAGUCCUACUUUGGAAGAACUUUUGAUGUUUACACCAAACUCUGGAAAUUUCAGCAGCAGCAUCGACAAGUCUUGGAUAAUCGGUAUGGCUUGAAGCGGUGGCAAAUAGGAGAAAUUGCUUCCAAGAUUGGACAGCUGUAUUACCAUUAUUAUUUACGAACAUCUGAGACCAGCUAUCUGAAUGAGGCUUUCUCCUUCUACUCUGCAAUCAGACAGAGAUCAUACUACUCUCAAGUUAAUAAAGAGGACAGGCCUGAGUUGGUUGUUAAGAAACUCCGAUACUAUGCAAGAUUUAUAGUAGUUUGUCUUCUUCUUAACAAAAUGGAUGUUGUGAAAGACCUAGUAAAGGAGUUAUCUGAUGAAAUUGAAGAUUAUACUCAUCGCUUCAAUACUGAAGAUCAAGUCGAGUGGAACCUGGUGCUUCAAGAGGUGGCAGCCUUUAUUGAGGCAGACCCUGUGAUGGUGUUGAAUGAUGAUAACACCAUUGUUAUCACAUCUAAUCGCCUCACUGAAACAGGAGCCCCAUUGCUGGAGCAAGGCAUGAUUGUGGGGCAGUUGUCUCUGGCUGAUGCACUCAUUAUUGGUAAUUGUAAUAAUCAGGUCAAAUUCAGUGAAUUAACUGUUGACAUGUUCCGUAUGCUGCAAGCCUUGGAGAGGGAACCAAUGAAUUUAGCUUCCCAGAUGAAUAAACCAGGAAUACAGGAGUCAGCUGACAAGCCAACCAGACGGGAAAACCCCCACAAGUAUCUGCUCUACAAGCCGACCUUUAGCCAGCUGUAUACUUUCUUAGCAGCAUCUUUUAAGGAGCUGCCUGCCAAUAGUGUACUUCUGAUUUACCUGUCAGCCACUGGCGUUUUCCCCACAGGUCGUUCUGAUGGUGAAGGUCCCUACGACUUUGGAGGUGUACUCACUAACAGUAACCGGGACAUUAUAAAUGGAGAUGCAAUCCACAAACGAAACCAGUCCCACAAGGAGAUGCACUGCCUUCACCCUGGAGAUCUCUAUCCGUUCACAAGGAAACCCUUGUUCAUCAUUGUGGACUCUUCCAACAGUGUUGCCUACAAGAAUUUCACAAACUUGUUCGGACAGCCACUUGUCUGCCUGCUUUCUCCCACGGCAUAUCCAAAAGCCCUGCAAGAUCAGUCUCAGCGAGGUAGCCUCUUCACUCUCUUUUUGAACAAUCCUCUAAUGGCCUUCCUAUUUGUGUCUGGAUUGUCAAGCAUGCGUAGAGGCCUGUGGGAAAAGUGUCAAGAAUAUCUUCGAAAAAUCAACCGUGAUAUUGCCCAGCUACUGACCCAUUCACGUUCAAUAGAUCAGGCCUUUCUCCAGUUUUUUGGAGAUGAGUUUCUUCGAUUGCUUCUCACAAGGUUUGUCUUCUGUUCAGCCACCAUGAGGAUGCACAAGGCCUUUCGGGAAACCCGGAAUUACCCAGAAUCCUAUCCGCAACUACCAAGGGAUGAGACUGUGGAGAACCCUCACCUUCAGAAGCAUAUUUUAGAGUUGGCCUCCAUUCUGGAUGUUCGCAAUAUCUUCUUUGAGAAUCCCAUGGACGACUAUUAAAACCCUCUUGUUUAAUUUCUUUCAUCUUCCACAGGUUUAAACGGUGCAGUUUUUAUGUGAUGACAGAGACCGUUAUUCGGUUUUUAUUUGUGAACUUAGGAACCACCAUUUUAAAAACAAACUGACAAAAGUUCAAACUUUUAGGGUAACUUUUAAAAUAUAAUGUUUCAAGUCUUUUAAAGUCUCAAUCUUGAAAUUUUUAUUUUUGGUUUUGACAUUAUAUACUUACCUCCAACAUCUAAUCCUACAUUCAUAUAGGUACUAUUGCCUCCCUAAGAAGAAUAAAUUGUUUAUUUUUUUUACAUAAUGAGGACAAUCCAGAAGUUAUACUUGGACAUUUAAAUGUCUGGAUUUGAGAAAUAUCUAACUCUCCAUAGUGGUGAAACUGGCCACAUGGACUACUGAAAGUCAAGAGCCACGCCCUUCUGUAGAGUUUCUUCUCACUCCAUGCUGAUAGGUAGGAAAAUGAUGGACAAAGGGAUUUCUUGAGAUUGAUGAAUUUCAUCAAUGUUGUCAGAUUUUUAGAAUCUGUUUAGGGCUGAUUUACAUCUGGAAAUUAAAUCUUCAAUUGGAACUUUGAGGUUGAUAGACCUUACUUAGAAUGUGAAUACUAUUAUCAUGGAGAUUUGUUUGUAUAUUUUAUUUUCUUUAUGGUCGUGAAUGCUGGAAAUACAAAGGAAAAUACUUUUAAAUAUUUCAACCAAAAAUCAAGUUGUUGGUUUCAUAAUCUUGUACUGUGUCCAGUAGGAUUUCUACAUAGACUUCAUUGACAGUAUUUGGCUUUAAAUAGUGUCUUGAUUUAUUCAUUGGUAUAGUCACUGCACAGUUUCUAGUUCCUUUUCAUAUCCGAGUUUCCAGGGCAUCUAUGUCAGAGAUACUAUUAGUGUGAGUUGAGGAUAACUGGGCGUUAGGAAAGCAAAUCCUGAGUUCAUUUUAAUUUUGCUUUGACAAUUUGGAAAUAAGAUAUUAAAACUUUGUGUUUUCUUAAUUUUAUAUUAAUAUGCAAGCUUUUAUUAUUAUUUUAAAUAGGACUCAGUAUGUAAUAGAAAGGCUUGUAUGUGUUCUUCCCCUCCAUCUCCUUCAUAAUCUCAAAGGUACUAGCUGUGAAGAUUCCUUCCAUCUUGGCUUCUUUGGGUUGUAUGGCAUUUAAGCUCAGAAAUGCAAGAAUCACAAGACCUUCUCCCUAUUUUCUGUGUAGGUUCAUGGUCUAAUCCUGGCAGUUCCUGGAGAAAUGAGGUAGCUCUUUUCAGCACAUCUUUCCUGUGUCCCUGAGGAAAUGGUUAUGAGGUGUUUUAACCUGGUUCCCUCCUCUCCCCUAGAGCAUCACUUGAGUGUAGAUUGUAGCUGUUUCAGCUCCAGCACACUGAGUACGUGAACUCCGGGUUAUGGUUAGGUUGGGAGCUUGGGAUAGUUCAUUUCUUUUUAAAAUUGUUGCUUUGUUCUUUCAUUCAGUAUUUUUUAAAGCUUAGAAAAAGUUACUCUCUGGAUAGAGCCUUUCCAGGUGUUGGUUUUUCUUUUUAAAAAGUCUACUUGUGGGCAGGGUGGCACACACCAUUAACCCCAGCACUUGGGAGGCAGAGGCAGGCAGAUCUCUGUGAGUUCAAGGCCAGCCUGGUAUACAGAGAAAGUUCCAGGACAGCCAAGACUACAAUUCAGAGAAACUGUCUCAAAUAAACCAUAAUAUAUCAUGGUUUUCCUCUCCUAACUCUUCUCCUGGACUAUAGCAAUAGAUAGUCAUUAGCUGCCUGGCCUCUGGUCCAGUUUCCUUAAGUGCUGUGCUUACAGCACACACUUUACUGUUCCCUGUCCUGUGUUUAAUCCUUUUCUGCUAAACAUAAGGACCACUAGAUUCAAAACCAAGGUCUGAGUUCUGAUCCUGGCUUGUUUAGUAACUAGCAUGAUGCCCUUUGACAAAUAGCUUCAUGUGUCUGCUUUUUAGUGCUCUUCUGUAUAGAAUACAGUCACUAACCCAAGGUCCUAUUCUUGUCUGUGACUCUGCAGUUUGGAGCCUUGGUUCCAAAUAUGCUGAUUUCCUCCCCAUUCCAGAGAAGUUGAUUUGUGUGUUUUUGGCACUAUAAUAUCCUUUUUGUAUCGUGUUUAAUAAGAUUUUUUUUAAAAAAAAAAGAAAAAGUUAUAGGUCCUACUUUGCUGCUUUAAGACUUGCUUAAAGAGACUGUCCUGGAAAAAUCAGACCUUCCAUGAUCAGAAAUAUGUGUGUCUUAGAGAUCACAGUGUAAAUAUAGAUUAUAAUAGCAAGGGCCCUUAAACUAACAGUAAUGCAGUUCCUAACUGGUGGCUAAAGAUCUAAGUAGACCAGAACUAAGGCUGUAGUGUCAGUGUUUAGCAAAUACUGAGAAAUUCUGAGCUUGGUCUCCAUAACUAGGGAGGAAAAAAAAAUUCACAAAGAAAAAUACUAGAAACAAUUCUGAACGGGAUAUGCUGAUGUGUGUCUCUAAUCCCAGCACACAGGAGGCUGAAGCAGGAGGGUUACAAGGUCAGGGCUAACCUAGAGGAUAGCAGAAGUCCAUCUCAAUAAUAAUUGAAUCUCUUGAGAGUAAAUCUGCUUUAGGAAACUUAAAGCUUUUUUUAAUCUGUGCUUAAAAAAAAAAAAUGUACAGCUGCUGUGCACCACACUUUCUUUAUGGCACUUGGAAUGCAAGCAGAGAAGACUUAAAGAUCCUUGCCUUGAAGACAAAGAUUGUGGCAUAGUAGUAGAGCCUUGCCUAGAGUGCACACAGCCCUGGCUUCCAUUCCCAGCACUUAGAGGCAGGGCAUCAGGAGUUCAAGGCCACCCUAGCCAUACAGAGUGAGCUCUAGACCAGCCUGGGCUACAUCAGACCCCAUCAUCGCAAAAACAGAUUUGCAUACAUAAGCUCUGUUUAAUCUUAAUCUUAGAAUUUAUGAAAACUUAAAUAUUGGAACUAAAAACAGCAAAGCUGAAGAAGCAACAUUUUUUUUUAGUCAAAUUGCACAAAUCUGGCUAUAGAUUCUAGUAAAGUUUCCUCUCUCUCUCUCUC